CUCCUCUGACGUCACGGUUCCCACGGGGAAGAAGGAAAGAUGGCGGCGGUGUUGGAGCGCAGCUUCAUAGAGAUCUGCGGCUUUGAGAGGGAAACUUUGCCGCGCUUCAGAGAAGUCACCGUUAACCUAGAAGUUGCUGCUCUCCCCGGGGGGCAGAAGUUCCCGGACAGCGCCGGAGCAUUUCACUAUGAGGAGAGUGGGAAGCUGCUGUCUGUCACCAGCAACAGAUUCAUUCACUGGUCCACGUCAGGAGACACGGUACAGCUGGUGGAGCAGUCUCUGGACACCAACCUGCUCAACAAUGCCGUCAGACUCAAGUUCAUACACUGCACAGUGCUGCCAGGGGGCGUCGCCAUCCAGGAGACGCUCAACAAUGUCAUCAUCCUUGUCUGCACCAAUCAGACUGUCCACAGGCUUGUGCUGCCCCAUCCAUCACGCAUGUACCGCAGUGAGCUGGUGACGGAGCUCCACAUGCAAUCUGUGUUCACUGAUGUGGGGAAGCUGAGCCUUCAGGACUCCGCCCACAGCGCCAUCAUCCCCAGCUCAGCGGGACUGACAGGAAGUCCCUUCACAUCCACAGCCUGGCUCAGUCAGUCUGGAGAGGCUCACUAUGCUGUGGUGCCCCCUACUGGAGGCAUCAUGGUGGUGACUCUUCCCUCCCACAACACGCCAGGCCCCGUGGCGGUGCUGGAGCUGAGGCGGAGCUCUAUGAUGCAGAGGCUCUCUGGCUGGAUGCCAUCAGCGAUGAUGCGAGGUGAUCACAGUCCUGCUGACCUGGUGUCCAGUCUGUGUGUGAGGGAGUUAGAGGAAGACUCCUUCAUCUUCGCCCUCUGUCAGGACCACAAACUGCGCAUGUGGUCUGUCAGGGAACAGGCCUGUCUGCUCGAGGCAGACAUGUUGGAUUACAUGCCGGCCUGCAGAGGGGUGAAGCGUCUGUCGGGUCAGGGUCACCGCCUCCGCCUGGCCUUCUCCGCCUCAACCGGCCUGUGUGUGUGUGUUUACCUGAGUGUACCCCAGAGAGGACAGUUCACUGUGCUGCAGCUCAUCGCCACAGACAACCAGCGCUACAGCCUCGACCACAUCUCCACCCUGUUCAGCUCUCAGGAGACUCUGGUGGACUUCUCACUGACUUCCUCCGACAUCUGGGCUGUGUGGGUGGACGAAUCAAACUCCUCUGUGGUUAAAUACAUCAACUUUGAACAGUAAGACACUCUGGGAUUAUUAAACAUGAAGUCAGUUCAUGUG